UAGUCACCGUAGUCCUGGCGACUGUAACCCACCAACAACAACCUCUCGCUCCAUCAUUACCACCUCCUCCACCAUCCUCAUCUUCAUCAACCAGUCCACAGCUCAGGCGCCAUGCAGACCCCUGAAGCAGGCGCUGACUCCACCUCCACUGUCCCUCUUCAGACCACUGUGCCUGUCCAGCCAACCGGCUCCACCCAGCAGGUGCCUGUCCAGCAACAGGCCCAGACUGUUCAACAGGUUCAGCAUGUUUACCCAGCACAGGUGCAGUAUGUGGAGGAAAACAGCGGUGUCUACACCAAUGGCAACAUAAGAACAUACUCGUACUCAGAGCCGCAGCUGUAUAGCCAGAACAGUGGAGGGAGCUACUUUGACACACAGGGCAGCUCAUCCCAAGUUACCACUGUUGUGACAUCUCAUGGCAUGACCAACAAUGGAGGUGGGGGAAGUGGAGGAAUCAGCAUGGGUCUGGCAGGAGGCCAGGUAAUCAGCAGCAGUUCUGGGGCUUACCUCAUGGACAACGCCGGACCGCACCCUGCCACCCAGACCGCACGAGCUUCCCCAGCUACUAUUGAAAUGGCGAUUGAGACACUCCAAAAAUCUGAGGGCUUAUCCAGUCAGAGAAGCUCGCUGCUCAACAGCCAUCUCCAGUGGCUGUUGGACAAUUAUGAGACAGCAGAGGGCGUAAGUCUACCACGAUCCACCCUCUACAAUCAUUACCUGCGCCAUUGCCAGGAGCAGAAACUGGACCCUGUAAAUGCAGCCUCUUUUGGCAAACUCAUCCGCUCCAUCUUCAUGGGACUCCGUACAAGGCGCCUUGGGACAAGAGGGAACUCCAAAUAUCAUUACUAUGGUAUACGUGUAAAACCAGAUUCCCCGCUCAAUAGACUCCAAGAGGACAUGCAGUAUAUGGCUCUCAGACAGCAACCUGUUCAGCAGAAACAGAGGUUCAAGCCAGUGCAGAAGUUUGAUUGUGGCUCUGGGGAGAAUUACUCAGGUGGAGGCCAGCACCAUCCUGGUGCAGCAGAGCAGACAGUCAUUGCGCAGAGCCAGCACCACCAGCAGUUCCUAGAUGCAUCUCGGGCACUCCCCGACUUUAUAGAGCUGGACCUGGGACAGAGCAAUACAGAGAACAUCAGUCCAGAGGAUGUGAAGGCUCUCCAGUCCCUUUACAGAGAGCACUGUGAGGCUAUCUUGGAUGUGGUUGUCAACCUUCAGUUCAGUCUAAUUGAGAAGCUGUGGCAGACGUUCUGGCGUUACUCUCCCCCUGACUCAGUAGAGGGUACCACUGUAACAGAAAACAGCAGCAUUAGUGAGAUCGAAGCACGACUCCCCCGAUCACAGCUAUUGGUGCUGUGCAGAAACGAGGCUGUACUCAAAUGGAUGAGCACCUGUGACCAUCUAAUGUACCAGGCCCUUGUGGAGAUCCUCAUUCCUGAUGUCCUGAGACCCAUUCCCAGUGCCUUGACUCAAGCCAUUCGCAACUUUGCCAAAAGCCUGGAAGGUUGGCUCAAUAAUGCCAUGAAUGCCAUUCCACAGAGAAUGAUCCAGACCAAGAUUGCCGCUGUUAGUGCCUUUGCGCAAACACUGCGCAGAUACACAUCUCUGAACCACCUGGCUCAGGCGGCACGUGCUGUGUUGCAAAACACAUCACAGAUUAACCAGAUGCUGAGUGAUCUCAACCGUGUUGACUUUGCCAACGUACAGGAGCAGGCAUCAUGGGUGUGCCAGUGUGAGGAGGGAGUUGUUCAGCACUUGGAGCAGGACUUCAAGGCCACACUGCAGCAGCAAAGCUCUCUGGAGCAAUGGGCAGCCUGGCUGGACAACGUGGUCACUCAGGUGCUCAAGCCCUACGAGCAUCGGCCCAGCUUCCCCAGGGCAGCUCGACAAUUCCUGCUCAAAUGGUCCUUCUACAGUUCAAUGGUGAUUAGGGAUCUGACCCUGCGCAGUGCUGCCAGCUUUGGUUCCUUCCACCUGAUUCGCCUGCUGUAUGAUGAGUACAUGUUUUACCUAGUGGAGCAUCGUGUGGCCCAAGCUACUGGAGAGACACCCAUUGGUGUCAUGGGGGAGUUUGACAGCCUCAACACCCUAUCCCUCACUAACAUUGAUAAAGAUGAAACGAGUGGGAUGGACAGUGACUUAGAAGAGGACACAGAGGAGUCCGGGGAACCUCUUGCCAAGCGGGAGAAGUCGGAGCAUGAGGUGAUCCAGGUGAUCCAGGUCGGUGCACUAGAGGAUGGGUCCCACCCUGUGGUGGGGGUCGUCCAGCCAGGUGUCCUCCACUCGCUGCCCCAGCCCCCGCAGGAUCACACUGAGCACAUCCUCACCCCUUCAGCUGGUACUCCCACCAUCCGCCACUGCAGCACCACAGGCAACACCUACGCCUCCGUUUGAGGGUCCGAGGGCAGGGCCAACGGUGGCCUAUUUUUGCUGUUUCACUCUCCACAUAUCUCUCUCUCUCUCUCUCUCUGUAAGUGUAGAUGUUUUCGUCUUUUUCAUGCAUUGUCUCUGGUUGCACUUGUGUGGACAUGCUCUCCUCUCCCUAUCCAGCCUGGUCAGUGGAGGAGUGCUGAAAUGCAGAUACUCUGGCCAAGAUGUGCUGUCCGUGUGUGACUGCUUAGAUUCUGGAUGUGGUGUCAUCCCAUUAGUCUGUGCUCUAUCACAAAGCGGCAGCUUUUGGUGGAAGGGACCUGGAGGAAAAGGACUAAUUUGACCCGUUAACGUUUUCCUGGUUAGUCAUGACUUAACAGCAAACCUGCUGUGUAUACAGACAAGUUUACCUUGAAGGAAAAAUCGACUCCUUCAUUCUACUGAUGUCUCAGAGCUCAAAUCCACGUCACUAGUCCCAGUGGAGCAGAGUCAUCAACUGACUCAAGACCUUCGCCUAUUGUACAUAGUUUUGUUGUACUUUCAAUUGGUAUUACCCAAAACUCAUGGUGCUAUCAUUGUUUUUCUUGAAAUAUCUAGUUAUCCCUCUUAAUUUUAGUAUGAUUUAUGUCAACAUGCAUUCCAAAUGCUGAUUAACUUUUGGCUGAACAAAAUGUUUUUGAGUAUUGUAUGUAGCUUAGAAAAAAAAAAAAGGGAUAACUUUCUAUGUAUGUAUGAAAUCUAAAAAAGGAUCAUGGGGCAGUUUUGUCUGUUUGGUUUGAAAAUUAUUUGGUUGACACCUGCCGAUAACCACUUAGAGCUUUUGGCCACAAAAAAAGAAACCCCUAAAGAAAUAUCUGUGCUGCUACUCAUGUAUAUAGAGAUUGAGAAGACCGGCUGUACAAAACCACUUCCUCAAUGCUAGCUUUUCUUGUGCACUCUGUGCAUAACGCUUGCCUUUGUUCAUUUUAGAUGCUCUGUAGUGUGAUUUAUAUGACAAGCUGUAAUCUUGAAAACAACUUACUGGACAUGUUCCCCUGGUUUUGCAGUUUCUGUCUUAAAGAAAUUUCUUAAGUUCAUGAAGGACCAAAAAACAAACCAACAAGAGGAAGCUGAGAGUGAGCCAUUUGGGCCACCCGAGAGCGGUUUCCUGUCCCACAGUGCCAUGUUGCAGAGCAGAAGGAAUGUCAGGGAUUAAAUGUACCUCGGCUUUAUCAUAGUGCCUUAUCCUUAAAUGCAGCUGUCCUUGUAGUCCUGACUGUGUGGUGUAGAGAGCCCACAGCCCCUCUGAAUUGUCCCAGCCACAGAUUUGGCUUUCUGGUGACUUGUGGCUGGAUUUGGGCUGGCUCAUCAGUGUUGAGACCAAGGAAAGCAGGCACAGACACACCUGUUGUUUUCUCUGGAUCAGCUCUACUAAGCUUGUUACCUAACUGAAUCAUGGUCUUUAGCCUUGCUCCUGCCCUAACUCUGCCCUCUUGAGGCCUAUUCUUGCAUUAGCCUUUGUUAUUGGGUGAAGAGCGUGUGUAUGCGUGUAUAUGUGUGUGUUUGUGAACAUGGAUGCGUAGGUCUGCAGUGUUUGUAUACAGUACAUGCCUGUGUGUCUGCGUGCUUGUGUGUAUGUGUUGGAACACAUCCAUCAGUCACCCUACCUCAAACCAGUGGUGCCAGCCCUUUGACGCGUGCAGAACAGUCACCAAACACUUAUUGCACACACACCACUGUACUGCACAAAUCUCAACGCGAUAGAGAAAAUCUACAUUGCUUUUCUCUCACCUCUGAUACAUAGUGAUUUCAUUUUUUAGCCCAUAAAAUGCUUCAUCCUUUGUUCCCUGUUUAAAGAUCAUCUUUGUACAGUGGACCAAAAGUAGAUAUUUUCUGAUACUCAAAGAGAUAUAUAGAUAUAUAUGUAUAGUAUAUAUAAUGAUGAUACACUACAUAUAUUUGUUGCUUUUUAUGUGGGUGACCUGAUUGUUUAUAUGUGAUUGUUUCUUUUGGUAGCUCCUCUGUAAUUAGUUUAGACUGUGAAGUGGGAAAGGCAUGGGGACUAACCUUUGGUUCAUUAGAGUACAUCUAUACUUGAACUGUUAUAGCCUUCUAUGUUGAGGAGAAUAUUGAGAUUAAUCCUCUAAAUAGGAACGUUUUGCUACUAAAUUAAUUUUCAUUCUUGUUUUUCAUACCUGUUGGAAUGGUGUGCACCAUUUUCUGCAGAGAUGUUUAUUUAUUGAUAUUUAUUGUGGUUUUUUUUGUUUGUUUUUGGUUUAGAUGCAUAUGUUACAAUGGGAACUGAUAAUGAAUCAUGAAUUAUACCGCUGCAAAGAGCAGACCUACUGUACAGAAGGACCGGAAGUUUUUGUUUUUUGUUUUUUGUAAGUCAUGUAUGUAGGUUGAUUAUGGUUUUUAAAUAAGUGUUAGCACUGUAUUUGCUGUAAUCAGCCCUUUAGGUUCUAUCACUAGUCCAAAAAUUCCUAGCAGUACACAGGAUCUUUGCCAUUUUUUUUUCUCAAUCUACGUUGUGUGCCUGUGUAAAAAAACAGAAGUGCAAAUACCGCCUGUCAUUUAGGUUGUUACUGGAUCAGUGGUCUCUUACUGAUUUUUUUUUUUUUGUUUGUUUAUUUGUUUGUUUUUGUUUUUUUGUUAAAUUGUUUCCACAACACUUUAGGGAAUCUAAAAAGUAAAUUCUGGAAUCCCCAAAGACACAUUCCUUAUUUACUAAACCUGCGAUACAUAUCUCUUACUGUAGCCUUACCCUGAUCCUACUGGCUUGAAAUGUCUGGCAUGCCAGAUCUAGGAACUGAGUGCACACAAAUCUUAUAUUCCUUAAGGAAAGUUUGAAAAGUCUGCAAGAAAAGGUCAGUGAACUUUUAAGUAGCUGGAAAUUGAAGGCCUUGGGUAUUUUGUUUACAUCAGUCUGUGACCAUAAUGAACUUGCAUGAGAGAUUGCUCCCUGACUCUUGCUAUUUAACUGUCAAAUGCAUGUUGGGAGAACACAGGAAAAAUGGAUACAAAAACUUAAGCCCUAAACCAUCUUUUAUACUUUCUCCAAAUGUCUCACAUACAGUAAUUCUGUGUUGACAUAAUAAUUGCAGAAAAUGAACUAACCCCUUCCCGAAAGCUCACUUGACUGACUCACCACUCACUGAAUUUUUUAGAAUGCAGUUAUAAAAAACGAUUGUUUUCUUUCGAACUUAAAAUUUGAAAAUGUUAUAAAUCUGGGUAGUGUGUACAGGAAUGAAGGUUUUGCAGGAUAUACUAUCUUGCCUCUUACAGAAUUAUGUUUUGGGUUUUUUUUCUUAUAUGAAUCCGAGCUCCCUUGUCAUAUGAAUUAACUACAACACUUUAGAUGGUAUCGUGUUAUUUUGUGCCUGAAGUGGAAAUGGCUUAAAAAAUGUUUCCUUUAAAUCUUAAUUGUGUGCAUUAGGAUCAUAAGUGCUUUCUGGUCUUGCAAGCCUACCAUGUGCUGCUAGAAGUUUUAUUUUUUCCCCAUUUUGUCUUUACAUAGACUGACGUGCCACACAGUGAUUUAGCUUUCUGCAUCUCAAAGCCUGCCUGGUCAACACUGGACUGAUGUUAAUGCUGCCAACACAAUUGUACUUUAUUUCUCAGUGUCUUUGAAAUUGAGAAGUAGGAUUGUUUUUGUAACAGCUGUUUGCAAAUGAGCCUGUUUUCAGCCAGAAAACUUAAAAAAAAAAAAAAAAAAAAAAAA